GAGAUGGAGAGGGAUGUUGUAGUAAGAUGCCGCCGCUAGGCACAUAAUUGCUGUUUGGUGCAGCGUUGUUGGUGCGGCUGAGGAUAGAACGCGUCAGCGGUUUCACCGGGCUCGACUCGACUCGACCCGACCUGACCUGACCCGAUUCGAAUCAUGCCCAAGUAUUAUAGCAUGAACUGUUUAUAGAGCUAUACAGGACAACCCGUAAUUUGAGAAAAUUGCGUGAUUGAUUGUUAAAAUUUGAAAAAAACGCGGCCAUCUGUUCCGGAGUGUCGUUAUUCUACUGUAAUCAGUGAAGGAGCAAACAUGGUCGAGUUGUGUGAGCUCAAAUUAGUAGAUCAGAAUUUGGAAUCACAUUGGCCAGCUGACAUUGAUCAACACAUCGCACAGCUUGAUUUCCAGCGAUCAACUGAUGAUGAGGAUAUAAGCCUAUUCUCAAGCAUGGCAUUAGAUCCUUCGAUCAUAUCCACCGACAGCCUUGACAUCGAAAAGCUCCAUGCCCGAUGCGAAGUGAAAAAAAAUGAUUAUAAAUUAACGUUCGAGGAUAGCGGCCAAUGGACAAGUGGCAAUUUCACUACAUGGGGACGCAUUCGAAGUACAGAGCCGUUGGACGAAAAAACGAAUAGUUUGCCUGAAUUGAGCAACAAUCUGAAAGCAGCAACAAGCGAACAGCAACGACCGUCGAGUUUGGUUGCGACUUUUGUUGAACGACAGCCCGAUUAUGAUUACCCAGAUCUUUAUGUGGGCGGUGGGCGUUAUGUAGAUGUUAAUGAUAACGAAAUCGGUUUUAUAUCGCAAAGUUCGGCAGCUGUGCAACGGGCGGACCGUUGGCGUGCUGCAAAUCGUUUACCACCAAACCCUCCAAUGAAACCUCGACGGACAUUUGCGGACUUUCAAGCAACUCGAUCGCCACAUCUCGACUUUAUGGUCUUGAACCACAAUAUGCCAAGUUUAUGUCAGUCAUCCAUGUCAAUAAAUGAAAUCAUGGAUAAAUUGAAAGAAGGAGUGUUAGAGGAUGAAAAAUUUGAUUUCUCAUUGUUUAACGUUCUGGAGAAACGAGGCCCCGAUUCUGGGCUGGGUAGCAGUGCUACAGCGAGCAGUGGCCCGUCACAUAUUGAGGAUUGGCCAUCGUUAGCUCUCCUUUUGCCCAAACAUGUUGCCGAGGCUUGUUCAUUUUUCAAAGCAAAUAGUCAGUUAUUAACAGGAUCAAAUAAUAUUGAACGAAUAAUACCACGGAGGAACGAAACAUGCCGAACAUGUUUCAAUGCUAGGAAAAGGCUCCAUCCGCCUGUUUGGGCUCAGCCUGCUAAAACGCGACAUGUUCUUUAUGACUGCGUCAUGAGUGAGAUUGUUGAUCGAAGUUCCUCAGCUCAAGAUCGGUUUACGUCGCUUGGUCAACUGAGAUUGCGAGCACAAGAGUUAAGCAUUGUUGGUCUACCCAUUUAUAAUGCCAAGAGAAAGCUCGUCGAAAAGGUCGUAGAAGGAGUAGCUGAAGUGGCACGAGGAGGUUCAUCAACAAAUCUCUGUUCCACAUUGGAGAUGCUGCUCGCUGAUGGCCUAAAAAUUAAACAUCCUUGGGAUAUGAUUGUUACUGUCACAGCACCUGGUCCAGCAACGAACAAUGUGUAUUCACUGGUGAAUAAGUUGGAUAAAAGCGAGAAGCCUUUAAAUUCUCGUGUUGAAACUUUCUUCAACGAAUUGAUAAAAUUAGGAUCAGUUGAUUGCUGGAUGUGCUAUGUGGUGCUAAAGGAGAAUGUAUUGGCGAGAAUUUACUCUGACGGCGCUUUCAUGUUACGGGCAAGUACUGCAUAUCGAAGUUUGUUAUGGCGGCUACUAGAGAAUUUGGAGCUGAUCACACUUCUUGAGCAUCGACCCUCGAGCAAUUUUUCAAUUCAGGAGUGGCCCAAUACGAUACUGUUGGAGGCUUCACGCCUUGCCAGUGAUUCACGAGUGCCGAAAAGCUCCUCAAUGCCUGCCCGUUUGUCAAAUCAAAAACCAAACACUUACAGUGACGGCAGUCACACUAAUUCAAUACACUUCGUCUGUUCGAACAAUGUACAAUUACUGCGGCGAAGCCGAAUUCCGCUACUCACUCAGCGUCCGGUGCGAACGAAAUCAAACAUUGAAGCUUGUUCUAAUCGUUCCUCAAGAUCGUCAUCACGCGAUGAAGCUACUUCAGCUAUUGCAACGCCUCUAUGUCAGCAGUUGCAUUCGUACGGUGGCAUCGAUGCGGGUUGCUGCCUAGUGUCAGCCAUUGAUGACUUCAAUGAACCCGGCAUGCUCGAAGUAUCAAGAGGCGAACGAUUACGCAUUUUAACAACGAGAGGUCAAUUGGCGCGAUGCCGUCGCUUGCGGCCACGUCAUGAUCGCGUUCUGCAGGGUUUGGUACCAACUUCCAAUCUCACUGUUAAUGGUUUCUAGUCAUGUUUACCCCCUCCUCGCUGUUCUCAUUGUUUCGUACAUUGCUGAUAAAAGUCUUCGUCUGAAUUGUUUUGCGUGUGCGUACAUCACAUCUGGUGUAAUUUCCGUAUUUUUAUGUGACAUAAUCUUAUUUUUUAAAAAUGUAUUCCUCUAGAAAAUCUGCAUUUUCAAACUACGGACUCCAAUCACAUCGUAUUCAAACAAAAAUGUGUGCUAAAAGUAAUUUGAAUAUUUCGAAGCAUAAAGGCUAUUUAGUCCUGUGCAGCUAGCAAUGCGAGUAACGGGUAUUAUUUUCGUUAAAUAAUCACUCUUUAUGUAGUCGACUACUUUUAAUGAUACCAUUAUUUGUACAUUCAUUAUAUCUACUUGCAAUACAUCCCAUACUGUUGUAUUUUAUUCAAUAAAUAAUGCC